CCAGAGAGUCCAACUCCGACGAACGAGUCUGAGAAAUGAAUACCCCCUUUCACGACCAUGAGAAGAAGCAGAAGAAGGGUUUCAUGUCCUCGUACAAACCGAGCCCCGGACGUCACCUUAAGCCGGAUUCUAAACCUGACGUGGUUAAUAAGUACCCCGUUUUACGUAGCUGGUUCAGUUUAUCCAGGAAGUCGAAAACACGUCAAGAGGUUCUAGAUCAGUUCGAGCACGCUGAUCAGAGCCAAAGAGAAGAACCAGAUAAGAAGGUUGUUGUGGUGGUCGAGGCUUCAAGAAAGUCCGUGUCUCACGUCGAAAGCAACUUGGCUUCAGUGACUUCGUUUCUUCAAGUGAAGGUCCUUGUUACAGACAUGCCUGGCUUCAUGCAAGUCCAUGCCUUCCGCAGCGCUAGAAGAACAUACGACAGUUUGGAGAAGUUUAGCCCUAAACACAUGGCUUACAACCUCAAAAAGGAGUUUGAUAAAACGUACGGACCGGCAUGGCAUUGCAUUGUUGGCUCAGGUUUCGGGUCAUUUGUGACCCAUUCGACAGGUUGUUUUCUGUAUUUCUCAAUGGAGAAGCUAUACAUUUUGUUGUUCAGAACUAAAAUCCAGAAAGCUGCUGUUUGAGUCUUGUGC